CAUAGUGAAGGAGACAGUGUUAUCCUGUGGAACUCACUGCACAGGAUCAGAAAUCGCGGGAACGCAGCCAGACACGACCACCUGAGAGAAGGUCAGAGACGACGGAUAGAAGAGAAGCUCGAAAAUUCAAUUCAACUUUCAACUUCUCUUCCUUUAUUUAACUUGCAACUAUAAAUUCAAUUCAGAGCCCAACGGAAAAGAAGAAGAAGAAGAAGAAGGGGUCACUUUUCUCGAGAAUCGGAUUCAAGUUUAGUUAUAAUGAAAGCAAAUAGUACUACCACAUGGUUGUUAUGUUUGAUAAUUUGUGUAAUCUGCGUUCAGUUCGAAGGUUGUGUGGGAUCUAAGAGGACGGAUGAGGCAUAUGUGACUCUUUUGUAUGGAGAUGAAUUCUUGUUGGGCGUUCGAGUUCUUGGAAAAUCGAUACGGAACACUGGUUCCAACAAAGAAAUGGUGGUCUUGGUCUCAGAUGGGGUCUCUGAUUAUGCCAAAAACCUUCUCCGGGCUGACGGGUGGAUAGUUGAGAAGAUUAGUUUACUGGCUAAUCCUAAUCGAGUUCGUCCAAAGAGAUUUUGGGGUGUUUACACAAAGCUGAAAAUAUUUAACAUGACUGACUACAAGAAAGUUGUUUACCUCGAUGCGGACACUAUUGUGGUUAAAAAUAUUGAUGAUCUUUUCAAAUGUCGGAAAUUCUGUGCCAAUUUAAAGCAUUCUGAGAGAUUGAAUUCAGGAGUCAUGGUGGUGGAGCCAUCUGAAACUGUUUUUAAUGACAUGAUGAGCAAAAUAAAAACUACUGCAUCUUACACUGGAGGAGAUCAGGGGUUUCUCAAUUCAUAUUACUCUGGGUUUCCCAAUGCACAUAUUUUUGAGCCAAAUUUGACACCCAAAGAAUUGAAUUCCAGACCCAUUCCUGAAAUGGAGCGACUAUCAACACUGUAUAAUGCAGAUGUUGGUCUUUACAUGCUAGCUAACAAGUGGAUGGUAGAUGAGAAUGAACUCCGGGUGAUUCACUAUACACUUGGCCCCCUUAAGCCUUGGGACUGGUGGACAUCUUGGCUUUUGAAACCUGUUGAUGUCUGGCAGGAUGUAAGGGAACAGCUUGAGGAAUCCCUUCCUGGAACAGGAGGGGGCCAAAAUCCUAAAGACAAUUCUCUUGUGAAAUUUCUCUUUCUGAUACCACUCUGUCCUUUACUUUUCUGCUGCUAUCAGUCAUUUCUAAAGAAUCAAGGGAGUUCAUUUUGUAGAAGCUCACUAUUUGAUCAUAUCAGACACCUUUAUUAUAGGAUUAAAUCAAGUGGACCAUUUGCAUAUACUAGUAUUUCGGCAUCAACAACCAAUUCAAUCCAUCAGCAGCUCUUAAAUGGUGCCAAGUACAAGAUUCCUGCUUAUUUGGGUUGCAUUUCUGUCUGUGUCUGUUUUAUGGCUGCAGUGGUGUCUCUGGGAGUAGCUCUCUUGAUUGUUCCUCGGCAAGUGAUGCCGUGGACUGGUUUGCUUUUGAUAUAUGAAUGGACAUUCACAAUUUUUUUUUUAUUAUUUGGAGGUUAUCUCCAUUUGAUUUAUCAGUGGGGAAAAAUUGUGGCAUCACGAGCAGCGUCCUCCCUGUCACGUCCUGAGUCUUCGGAUUAUGAUUCAGGAAAACGUCACCAGCGACAGAUGUCAUCUUGUGAUGUUGCUACAUGGUACUAUGGUUUAGGGAUGGCCUUGUUGGCCAUUGGUGCUCCAUCUUUGCCUUGUCUUUUUGGAAUAACUGCCUUGUUUCCAAGGUUAGGAUUGAUGGUUGCUGGGGGCAUAAUAUUGGCAUCUUUCAUGACAUACGCUUCUGAACAUCUUGCUAUUCGGUCAUUUCUAAAAGGCCUUGGUGAGUGGGAUAUUGCUCGAAAUAGGAGCUUGUGUUGAUUGUAAUAAUAGGAAGUGGUGAUGUAAACUAUAGUCGACAUUUCCUUCCUUUAUUCAACUUUCAUAUGUUGUGUUGUUCUACUGGAAAAUGUAAUUUAGGAAAUUUUGUCUGUCUAGCAUUGUAUUUGCCGAAGUUCUGUUGUAAUAUUAUCAUUUUUCUUUCAAAUGAUGGG